AUGAAGGAAGUUUACCGAGUGACCAACAAGAAACAGAUAUACCCCCCGAAUUUCCCGGACGGGAGGGUGCGGGUGCUAUCGCAAGAAAAAAGUGUUACAGUUACACAUUGUGUUGCAGGCCAUGCAAGACAGACAAGCUCUGUCAUGCCGGAUAUGCAUAGGACCCUCGUUUCAUAGGGGUUUUCCCGUAGGAUUUCUGCAUUGCAAGUUUUCUUUCUCAUGCAGAGAAAUUUGUGUUGCUGAAUUGACUACAAAUGUGUAACUGUAACACGUUUUUCGUGGGAUAGGUGCUCAACUUGAUUCAGUACGACCAGGAUGAGCUUGACAUCAGCGCGCAAAAGGACUUCGUGCAACGGUUGGAACUAAAUGGCCGCGUGAAAGCGUUUGACCGCGCCUUUGCCAUGCCAUUGAUAACACAGUCCGAAGUAGGGAGGGAAAAAAGUGUUUUCACAGUUUUUACACACUGUAAUGGAAAAGUAGCAAGACAGGCAACCUCUACUUCUGUCAUGCCGGAAAGGCUUGCUAGCCUCGUUUCAUACGAACGUGUUUUCUCUCAGGAUUUUUGCAUUGCAAGUUUUGUCUGUCAUGUAGAGCAAGUUUGUGUUGCUAGAGUUCCUACAAAUACGUAACUGUAUAGAACACUUCUUUUUAUUUCUUGGGAUACGAAGAGGAUCCGAUUGCGCAGGCGAAGCUGAGACAGGGGCAGCUUGCUGUGGGAGUGGGUCUUCUUCAACAAGAACACCAGCAACUGAUGCGCUUCACGAGACUCGGGGACAUGUAUGAGCAAAAUCCGGGACAUUUCGCGACGCCCGGGCAGCCCGUUCCGUUCGCAAGCGUGGUACAGGGUUCGCUUAUCCACAGGAAAUUUCGUGUACACGUACAAAUCCAAAUGCAGUCUCUGCAUGACAAAACUUGCCUUCGAUCCUAGUCUAGCAUGACAUGUUGGGAACUGCAAGUUAGCAAAAUUUGUCAUGCAUUUUGUACAUGUACGGGAAAUUUACAAUGCAUAUCGCUUGGAAACUGCUACUUCCUCGCGGCACUGCAGACUCUUAUCAGCCACAGUUUUCUGAUCGAACCGGUAUGCUGUGCAAAAGUAUCGUAAUUGCGAUCAUGCAUUACAAAUUAUCUUGUUCUUAAGCUAAAUCCGCAUUCCAAAUUUUCUUUCUCAUGCUGAGGUAAUUAUUUGUAUGUGCAUUUACACGAGUACGAUACUUUUGCAGUUCAUAACCGGAGAAGCGGAGCGAUGCGGGGUUGUACCUGGUGCCACUCUUUUUGAAUGGGCAUUGGCAAAGCAUAUUGGUCGAUGAUCGUGUCCCAACCAGCACAGGCAUGAUCACGACAGCCACAGCACCAGCCGCGCAGCAGUGCGGUGCGACGCCUUUCUUUACGUUUCCAAGUGGCCUGGAGAAGGUACAGGGAAAGAUCUCGUUCGCCGUGGAGCUCACUGUGUAUCCUGUGCAAAAGUAUCGUACUCGUAGUAAUUGCGAUCAUGCGUUACAAAUGUUUUUUUUAAGGCAAAUCCGCAUUACAAAUUUUAUAUUUGUUCCUCAUGCUGAGGAAAUUUGUAAUGCAUUUAUACGAGUACCGGAUACUUUUGCAGUUCAUACUGUGAAAGCCGCGGCGAAAGUGGUGGGUGGUUUUUACCCAAUGGAGGGCGGAGUCGUUCCGUUUGCCGCACGCUUGCUCUCUGGUGGGAACCCGUAUUACAAGCAGUGGGCCGCGCGCAGGGGCACAAAUGUUGACCCGACUCAGCGGGUAGCUCAGAAAACGAUGGAACUCGUGACCAUGGGAGACCACUUGGGUGGCAGGUACGGCAUCUCGCCGAUAGAAAUGGGCGAGUCUUUGAUCGACCUAUGCAUUGCAAAUAUGUCUGGGGCUGGAAGGAUGCAAACUUGUGAUGCGGAUUCUGGAACAGGCAAAAGUCUGUAUUGCGUAGUGAGCAAAAGGUAUCUAAGUAGAUUUUUGUCUCCAGAAGAGGGCAUUUGUCAUGCGGAAUAGGUAUGGAGAAGCCUCCACAGAGGUUGUCAUGCACUGUGUGCAUUCCAGACCUUUUUGUAGAUGUAAAAAAUGCAUGACAAAUAUCUGAUUUCUUCCAGACGUAAACAUAUAAUUUGCAUUUGAUACGACCCCACGAAAUGCAAGCUGUUCUUCGACGGCCCCCAAUCGCUGGCGCUGCGGAAAGCCUUGAAAUUUUUGAAGCGCGGGAAAAAGUUCGUCUACCAGGCAGACUUCGUCGGUCAGAAAGAAGUAGCCACGUCUCUGCUCAAUCCCCCCGUAGCUCCUCCUGCUUCCGGUAGUUCCGAUACCGACGACUGUGGCGCCUCUCGCGGUUACGUGAUGUUUCCAGUUACGUGGAAGAAGUUUUUUCCGAAGGUGUUAUGUGAAAAGACGUGCUAUAUUGCAAUGAAAAAUCCUAAAAAUCCCUCUGUCAUCCCAUACCUACUAAAACGAAGGUCUCUUGUGUAGCAUGAUUUGCGAUCACAAAUGGCGUUGUCAUGCAGCUAGAAGGGUCGUGGAAAUUUUUUUCCAGCAGAUUGUAGAGCUCGCUGGCGUGGGAAACAAGCCUUGCCUCUUCAGCAUGACACGAAGCAACUGGAAGCGGGAAUAAACAUAGUGACAAAUAAUUACAACCUGCAACGGCAAUCGCAAUGCCACAGCUGCGUCUUUUGGCCUUCUAGCAAUGCAAGCCGAGGAUUUGUCUCCUGUUCCACCACUUCCUCUUACUCUUAGCGGUACUCUAGUUUCGCCCACGCCCACACAGCUCUAGCAUCACAGACUUCCAUUUUGUUGAGUACUAUGGGGAGGGGGGAUUUAUUUUCCCUCGCAAUAUGCUACAUGGACAGUAAGUGCACCGAUUUUUUCUAUGUCGAGAUUCUCGACAGAAGAGCGCCUGAAGGUAUGCACGGCCGAAAUGUGCUGUAUCUGGGUCUGUAAACUUGUGUUGCUGGUGAAGAUUCCUCGAAGAUUUUCGCAAGGCCGCCACGACUGGUAGGGCAUAGCAGCAGGAUGGGUGCUCGAGGAAGUUAUUUUUGGAUGCCUGUACUAAGAGCUCCUGACAAGCAGAAUAAACUGACUUUCAGAUGAACGACAAAAAUAAAAAAAGCUGCCAACUGCUCGUGAUAUAAUGUAAUAUGCCGGGCAGGACGAGUCUUUCAUAGAUUGUCGCGCAUCACUUCACAAGAACAAAUCCAGACCCAGAUCUGCGAUAUUUCCAAUGCAUAGAAGGGAAGACUGCGCACUGCUUCCUCCUGAAACUGCAGAUCGGGGAUCGCUCAACAUAUGAUUAUGUUGGAGGCAUGGUCCAGGCUAUCCUGUGCAAAAGUAUCUUCGUACUCGUAGUAAUUGCAUUUAUGCAUUACAAAUCUCUUUUUCAAGGUAUAUCAGCACUACAAAUUGAAUUUGUAAUGCAGAGCCAAUUUGUACUUGUACUAUUGCAAUUUAUACUAGUACGAUGCUUUUGCAUUGCAUACAGGCCCGAGGCAACCCGACGCUGCUCGGAAUGAAAUCGCCCCGUCUGGACUUCGUGGAAAGCAGCCUGAAGAAGAAAGAGGCAAGAGAGAUAUUACAGUGAAAAACGCCCCCACACCCAAAGCUGCAAAAAUUUGUGAUGCGAAGUUUCCAAAUGAAAACUUUCUGUCAUGCAUGAAAGGAGUAUGCAUCUUUCUGAUGCAGAGUCUAGGCGUGUAUCGCAUCGCCUACAUGACAAGCGCCGCUCUUGCUGGAAUCUUUUGCAAUACAAAUUUUUGCUAUUCACGAUAAGAAACCUGUGAUGCUGAUAGAUGCAAGAAGGCGAAUGCUUCAUUUGGAAAGAUUUGCAAUACAAAUGCUUCUAAAUCGGGGGUGGGGGCAUUUUUCAUUGCAAUAAGAGAAAGACAAGAAUCAGGUAGAAAACCACCUGAAGCGGUGCGUCCCGAAAUUUAUGAAUGUGCACAACUCCCCCUCCCCCUCAUUUGUCAUGCAAAAUGCCCAAUCCACCGUUGGCCCCCUGGCACUGUUUGCAUGACAAGUUGUAGCCCAAAUAGCACUAUAUUCAAGUGCAAGUUUGUCAUGCAAAACCGGCGCUCUUGCUGAUGCUUGUAUUGCCGUUCCUGCUAUACAAAUGAGGGGGAGGGGGAGUUGUGCACUGUUAUAAAAUUGGUUGCGAGCCUACAGGGGAUAGAUCCCCGCAACGUGCAGCAGGUUUCGUUCGGGGCGCGGAGCCUAUCCAGGUUUCUGUCGGAGCAGAUUGUGCAGCCGCUGCAAGGACUAGUACAGGAGGGUCGUGCCGCAGCUCCCGGCGGACAACAUCAAAGUUCUGCAGGAGGACAGCAGCAGGAGAAAAACAAAAAAGCACAACAACAAGAAGAAGAUGCGAGACAGGCUCUGUCGGGCUUGGCCUGGGUUGCCACGCGGGCACUGAGUCCAGCGGUCUUGAACAGGAAAGCGAACGAAGAUUCACGGAUGCGGAGGGACAUUCAGCAGCUGCGACAAGUGCAAACGCAAGUAGCGCAGGCGGUGUUUGGAAAAGAACAUGCAGCAGCAGUGGCUCAAGGACAAGAAAUAACGGGACAGUUCAACAUGGAUCUGCGUAUCCUGGAACUGUUGGCGAAAUUUGUUAAAAAAGGGGACGAAGGAGAUGACAAGGUGGGAGAUGACGUGGUUGCUUUGUAUCUAUGCAUUGCAAAAGUAUCGUACUAGUAUAAAUCGCAUGACAAAUUUCCUCAGAAUGGCAAAUGGAAUUUGUCACGCUGAUUUACCUUGGGAGCCAGAUUUGUCAUGCAUACCUUUGUACUCGUACGAUGUUUUUGCAUUUGAUAGUAUUGGCUGUUCAAUGAAGUGCUUGCUGAAACGGACGCCUGGCACCCCUCUAUGGAAGCCGGGUUUCUCAAGCAGUUUCCGGUGCCGAACACGGGGACGACAAAUACACAGGCUCACUCGGUUAUGGAAGCGUCAGGAUGGAAAUCAUCAAAGUUGAAGUAAUUUGCAAUGCAUAAAACGGAUACCAGUUGGUGCCUAGUUUUCAACCGGCGCAUGACAAAGUUGGGUAGAGCCGGGAUCCAGUUUGUAAUGCUGUUUGGGUAAGGAAGGCGCCUUCUAUCAUGCUGCUUUAACAGCCCUAUUUCUACCCCUCAACAGGCUUGCCAUCUGUCUCUCUUGCCUACUCUGCAAGAGAGGCAUUUUGUGGGUUGCAUUUUAUGCAUCACAAACGAUUUCAACUUUGUCGAUUUCAAGCCUGACGCUUCCAUAUCGGUGAAGCGCUGUUGGUUUUUUGAUCUUCAAGCGCACGUACGAAGUGUAAAAAUGUCUGGGUCUGGAAGAAUGCAUGUUUGUCAUGCUUGUCUGGCAUGACUCUUAAAUCUGUCAUGCACGUUACCCAAGAGCUCCAAUUUUCUGUGAUGCAGAAACGCAGUUUGUCAUGCAGAAUAGGCAACACCUAGAAGCUCAGAAACUUGUCAUGCUGAGCCAGCACUUGUGGGCUCCUCAUGAUACGCCAGCCAGCAUCACAAGUUUCCAGACCCAGACACUUUUACAUUUGAUAGCACGCCCGCACGGCAGAAGACGUCGAGACCACCCCAGCCACGGCUUUGGAGAAGGGAAACAAGGAGAAAAGCCAGGCCCAGUGGAUGUUAUCAACUGUAAAAAUGUCUGGGUCCUCUGGAAGAUUCUGACACUUGUCAUGCACGUUUUGCAUGAGCCAUUCAUUUGUGAUCCAUACCCUAGCAAUACAGAUUUUUUGAGGGCUUCUUGAUGCCUAUUCCGCGUGACAAAUGCCUUCUCAGCGUAGCAAAAAUUGCAUUCCCUUUGGCACUCAUGCAAUACAGAUUUUUUUGGAAUCCAGACGCAGCAUCACAAGUUGCAUUCUUCCAGACACAGACAUUUUUACAUUUGAUAGAUGUCCCGCAGGUCUCACGUCCUCAGCUGGCAGAUCGCAAACCCAAACAAUUCCCCAGGAGCUUCUCAGCUAUUGCAAGGAAAAAUCCCCCGCCCUCCCCAUCAUAUGGAAAGCGCAUCCUUCUGAAAAUUUGCGAUGCAAAUUGGCGACCACAGAUCGGGUCUGUCUUGCAAGGAGGCAGCACAUAGCUCAGGCUUUCCGCCACGUUAUGCAGGUGAUUUGUAAAAAUGCUCUAAGGCCUGCUACGGGGUUGCACCCGUCUACCAUGUUAGGCGCCUAGUACACCAAAAGGCCCUUACCUAGGCUCGGGAUCUGCGUGCAGUCCUCCUGCAACACAAAACUGAUUUGGGUGUGAGCAUCCAAAUCCAGCAUCAGAAGUCUCGUUUUGAUAAUAUGGGGAGGGGGAAUUAUUUUUCCUUUUGAUAUCAGCACGAGGGCAUUUAUCCUGCACACGCGUACACGUUGACAAGCCUCCAGGUCCUGGCGUUUCCCCUGGGAAACGGGGACCAUUUGCUGAUCUACUGCACCCAGACUCGCAAUCCACACGCCACCGACGUGAGCGGCUGGAGCCCGUACUCGGUUCACGGCACCCCAAACGCGGCGGCUGGCUUUCAGAUCGUUCCCCACUUUGCUGGCAUGCUGAGCAUGUACCAGGACACGAAAAUGAGCGACUACCUGAGUCGGUACCUGGUCCACCUGCUGAACGUACCCGACAUAUUUCCCGACGUGAAGGCCUUCGGCCAUGGCGCGAAAGAGCAGCGGGACAACAUGUGGGCGCAUUUGGACUUAUACAGUUAUCUCAACUCAGCCGAAAAAUCUCAGCGUCGAGACUUUAGCCCGCAAUUUUUGGGAAUUUAUCCCUACUGCCGGCACCUCGGUGCCCCCGGCAGCUGCAUUAGUUGGCCGCAUUGGCUUAGCGUUCUAGGCUUAGGCUUUGGGGUUUAUUAGCGCCGUCGGGCAAGCAGGCAGGGCCGGCCGGCGGCGGCUGCCCUGCCCGACGCUUCUUCCUUCGCCCCCCCGUCUCCUACGUUCCGCGCCCCCUGUGGCUUUUGUUUUGUGGCCGUCCGUGCCCCCGGUGUUUCUUCUCGUGACUGCCCGGUGUUUCUUCUCGCCGACCCAUGCGCCGUCCCACGGCCAUCGCUUCGCUCACAUUGAUGAUCCAUAUGUAGGUGUGGUCGGGGCCGCCCUCCGGGUCUUUGGGGUCGCGGCGCUGAGAUAAAAGAGUUGACAUUCCUGCAUGCCAUCCGAAACUCUUGGCAGAUCGUAAACGAGGACUGUUUCAGUAAAUUUAUCGAGAACAAGGCAACAAUUCGAGAAGCCGAUGGCAUUCGAGAAGCCAAUGGAGCUAAAAGGGCCCAGGCCGAUCCGUACCUCCUAUCCGGUGCAAAAAUAUCGCACUCGUACUGCCAUCUUCAGAAUGAUCAUGUGUGACAAAGAAAUCUGGCGCUCGGCCCCGAUGCCUGUGCUGACGUAAACGUCGCGUUCCAUUUUAUUUCAUCUUGUCCUCUUGAGAAAAUUUGUGAUGCAGCUUCUACAUGAUAGAUACAAGAAGUACAACUGCACGUGCCAGUGCUACAUUUUUGCAUUGCAUACGCCCAACACGCGAGCCGUAUGCCACCGGAGUGCUUGAAACCUUACACACGGCAGAUCAACACGUGGGACCAAAAAAAUCGCCUGUCCUGGAUCCCCUGGCACACGUUCUCGGAGUUCUAUCAACUGCAAAUAUGUUGCCCGGGUCUGGAAGAGUGCCAGCCUUGUCACGCAGGUUUUCCAUGACCCAUGAGGACUGAUAUGUAGGACAUAGCAUGACACCAGAUUUAGUGAGAGUUCUAUCAUGCCUAUCCUGCAUGAGAAACUUCUGCCUCUCGGUUAGGUCAAAAGUGGACAGCGUUUGGUAAUCAUGCAGCACAGAUUUACUUUGCAUGUUUCAGUGUUAAAUGGCAUGACAAGUUGCAGAGUUCCAGACCCAGACAUGAUAUUUGCAUAUGCAUAUAUUCCCGGGCUUGUUCAUUCAGGAUUUUACCAUUCCCUCCGAUGAUGCAGUCUCGCACGGCGCACGCUUCACGAUCAAGCCGCUGGAAUACGACAAAAGAGGGGAAUUGGUUGUGCCCAGCAUGAAGAAAGCGACAGGUGUACCACAUUGAGAAGUGCAGCCUCCACACCCGUCACCCCAGAGUGUGGCAGCGUUUCUUGCAUACGAGGAAAACAAGUUUUCAAUAGAAACACUUGGUAACUGCUUGCAUGUGUAAAAAACAUGUCAAAUUUUAUGGAAGCCGGACCAUCGUCGAAAGUCUGCGUUCUAUCUUGCACGGCGCCAGAGUAUAGGCAAUAUCUGUCAAGUCGAAAAUUGCUUAACUGGAUGAGGAUGUUCCGAACAGAAUAAAUGCGGCACAUUCAUCCCUUUAUGCAGUACAAAAAGCUUGUGUAUGCUUGAAAGUUGGUAAUGCAAGUUAUUCAGACGGAAUAAUUUGCAUUGCCAAGAACUUUCCAGCCAACUGAACAAGACUCUUGUUCCUGUGGCGGUGAUGGGGCCGCGCUUGUCAUUGUGAUAAGCUGAAGAAGAGCAGCUUCGCCGAGAGGCCGAGGAGGAAAAAGCGGCUGUAGAGGCAUAUGACUUUCUCAGGUGUUACAAGAACCUCAAACGCUUCACCAACUCAAUAGAAAUGGAGAUCUGUGAAGAUGCAAGAAAAAGUGCAUCACGACUUCGCCAUGUCUCACAGAAUAAUUGCGCAUGACAAGUUCUUCCGGAGCGGCCCCAAACCCUCCUCAAAUACGACAAAAUCUGCAUGGCGAUGAAAAGCGCACGACUUUGUAUGCUACUUGUCAUGUUGCUCCUGCAAGACUGACAGACUCCAGAUUCUGUUGUAGCGUGUGACGAGAUUGUAACAGCUGAGGAGGCUAUAAAGCAGAGAUCCAAAAGCGCGAGAAAUUGGCGGCUGCGGUCAAGGAGCAAGCCGCCAAAAGAGAGGAAGCCGAACGAAACCGUUUGGAGGAGGAGAGACGAGUCCGGGAAGAUGCCGAACGGAAGCGAUUGGACGAGGAGAGACGAGUCCGGGAAGCAGCUGCAGCCGAAAAGAAACGGUUGCAGGAGGAAGCCGAAAAAGCGCGAAAAGCUGCCGAAGAGGCCGAACAAGCACGGAGGGCUGCCGAAGAAGCACGGAGGGCUGCCGCAGAGGCCGAACAAAAACGGAGGGCUGCCGAAGAGGCGGAACAAGCACGGAGAGAGGCCGAACAAACACGGAGGGCUGCCGCGGAGGCGGAACAAAAACGGAUGGACGCUGCCGAAGCACGGAAACAGUCUGAAGCCCUUCGUCAGAAGGAACUGGAACAGCAGGAGGAGGAGCGUAUCCAAUGCAAAAGUAUCGUAUUCGUAUAAAUGCAAGUCUUGCAUCACGAAUUUUUUUCUGAAGGCAAAUCAGCAUUAAUUCACGCUGAGGUAUCAAUGGACAAAUUACAGUUAGGGACAUAUCCGCCAGCCGAAAGAAUUCGCGCUUGGAGCCGAAGUUUUUUGCUUUUCGCACAAAAAAAUGCGACUUUCAGAAAGAGUGCGACUUUCCGCCAGCCGAAAAUUUCGGCUCCAAGCGCGAAUUCUUUCGGCUGGCGGAUAUGUCCCUAACUGUAAUUUGUCCACUCAUACGCUGAGGAAAUUUGUAAUGCAUUUUUACUGGUGCGAUACUUUUGCAGUUCAUAGAGCGUCGUCGGCGGCUACAAGAUGAAGAACAGCGCCGCCGGCGGGAAGCGGCAGAAGCCGAGGAAAGAAGCAGGAAAGCCACCGAGGCCGCAGAAAGACUAGCCCAGACGCGGUUGGACGAGGAACGCAAACGGAGGGAAGCCGCAGAAGCUGCGGAGAGACGGCGACAAGAAGAAGAAGAACGCAACCUGGCCAACAAGCAGAAGGAAAAGGAGAAAGCGCUUGCUCGUGCAAGAGCCAAUGUCGCCCGAAGGCGAGAGGAGCGCCAGCGGAAUAUUAAAGCAGAACAACAGCUGCGACAGCAGGAGGAGAGCAUGAAGAAUUCAUCUCCAGCACAGCAACCGGGCCCUAGCAGCGCACAACAGCAGGGAGGCGAUCGGCCGUCCUCUCCAACGGGCGACAACUUGAUGACACCGCGCAGAGAUGAAAGGAACAACGCCUCGCUUCGGCGAGAUCGCCCGUGGUUCUCCCCGAGAGGACGAGAAGCUGCACGAGGGGGCGACGCGUCUCCGCCACCAGAUUGGUGGAAAAAUCCCCCCGCGGCGCGGCUGGGGCUGGGUCGCCGUAACUUGGCCGGCCCGCCAAGGGGUCUACAAGAUGACAGGCGGGAAGGACGAGGGCGCUCUCGCUUCCGUGGUCCGCACGAAAGUGGCGAAGGCACCCUUGGCCGUCGCCGCGUUGAGCAGCCGGCGCGCGGAGGACCACUUUCAUCCUUUCGGGCGAGGCGAGCAGGGGCAGGGGCGCCCGGAGGAGAGAGAAGGCGUGGCGCGGCCGGCGAGCGCCGGACGUCGAUGGGCGGCCGAGCAGGGGCAGCUGCUCGCAGGUCCAGGUGGAACUUGUUCGGAAAUGAUCACAACUUCUACGGGCCAGCGCCCGUCAGCGAGAGCUACGGGGAACAAGACGGCGGCCUUGCAGCCGCCCGACGAAGGGACGUCGAGAACAUGAUCAGGCUCAGGCGGGAAAGAGAAAGGCGCGCCGCCAAAGAUCGGGAGAUGGCACAAGGGAUGCGCCGCGAUGUGUUCAGCAACCUGCCGGGUGGACGAGGUGACGCAGAGGACCUCUCUGGAGAUACCGAAGGGGGCGGAGAGACCAGUGACGCCGGGGAAGAGUGA